AAAUAAACUUGCUAAAGUACUGUUAAGUCGGCUGACCUUCAGUUUGUAUAGAAGUCUUUUAGCUUUUCGCUUCAAUCAUCAGGUAAUGAAGAGCUCCUUCAGCACAUUUUGGUCUUCGAUUCUCGACUUGCUCCACGCUUGCAAGCGUCGAGCAAAGGAGUGGGCUCAGUAUAAUAUCUCUUUUUGCAAGCCUGUUUUCUUCAUAGCAGGUUUGAUUGUGAGCCAUGCCUUUGUGGACACUGCCGUGAUAUCAAUUUUUAUCUCAUAUAUCAUCGAUGAGUGGAAGCAUAAAUCUCUUCCUGUAGCUGCAGCAAUUGUGAACGUACAAGAAGGCAUUUCUACCAUUUUCAGACUUAUCGUAGUUCACAUAGCAGAUGCCUACGUAGGUCGCUUCAAAAUCGUGGCAUGCACCACUUCUUUAUACAUACUUGGAUUGGUGCUGUUGAUUUUUGUUCAUCAGUCUGGAUCAUUUGGAUUAUUUGCCUCAUUGCUAAUAAAAGUGGGCAUAGCAGGUCGAGGCCCUACUCUCAAAGCAUUUCUUUCUGAUCACGAUCAAACCUACAGAAGCAACAUAAACAAUGUUGUUAACGAGGAGAAAGUUGAGGACUGCACAAAUUUGUGGUGGCGUGUUGCUUGGUCUCUGGGUGCUGCGAUAAGCGUGAUCAUUUUAUCACUUUACAAUCUUAACUAUAAAAUAGUUUUCAUAGUUUCAGCAGGAGUGAUGGGAGUUGCUUAUGUAUUGUUUUGGUCUGGCAUCUUCUUUUACCACCCCUGUAGACCAACUGGGAGCCCUCUUUCCAUUGUCUAUAGAGUUGUUACAGUGGCUGUGUUGAAAAGACAUCUAAGUUACCCUACUGAUAGCAAUGAAGUCCUUCUGUUCCCUCACAAUCCACUCUUCAGGUUCUUAGACAAAGCUGCAAUUCCUGAAACUUCCAAUCCCGACAAAGAAAGGCAGCAAGGGAGACUUUGCACAAAAGAAGAAGUGAAUCGAGUGAAGAAACUUCUAGCAUUGCUACCCAUGUGGACAAGCUUACUUGUCUAUGCCCUUGCAAAGGCAACAGGCUCCACUUUCUUUAUUGAGCAAAGUGACGGCUUCGACCCUAUUGAAUUCUUUGGCUUGACGUUGCCCAUAAAUGCUUUCUCAACACUUGCAUCACUGGUAAGUUUCAUAGUUUCAUACUUGUUCAGUGCCUUGAUUCCCAAGCGGUGGAAGGAAAAUAAAGAAAAGCAUGAACUUGUUACUCUCUGGAGAAUUGGUCUGGGGAUGGUGUGUUCUAUAUUAUGUUGUGUUACCGCUUCCAAGGUUGACGAGGUUCGCAGAUGGAACUAUAUUCAUAAGAAGAUUAAAAUGAGCAUGUUAUGACUAUUUCCACAGUUUACUUCGUUAGGAGUCAUGGAAGGGCUGGCUCGUGAUGGGCUAACUGAAUUUUUUUACAGUCAAGUAGAUGAAUCUAUGAAGCAUUAUGAAUCAUCAUUGAACGAUUGUAUGCUGGGUAUUGGAAAUUUCUUGAGUGUCAUGUGCGUGUUUGCGUCCAAAAACUGGUUUGGUGAUGCUGUAAACGAAAGUCGCUUGGAUAAAUAUUACCUUAUGCUAGUGGCGCUAAGCUGGGGUAACCUAUGCUUUUAUGUGCUGGUUGGGUUAGCAUAUGCAAGGAAAGAAGCCCCUCCGCAGGAUGAGGAGAUGGAUGAGGUGGAUAUUGAACUGGGUGGUGCAGAGUAUGUGACCCGUUCCACCUCCACAACCCCUACAACCACCAAUAUUAUGAUGGAUAAUAAGAAUCUGCGAUCGCGCUCCCUUGAAGUUAAAGGAUAUAGUGGUGAUGUCAACAACAAGAAGCUUCUCUUACGCUUUCGCACAUUUAAAUGAGUAAUGGUUAGGAAUCAUUUGAUUCAGUUUGUGUCUUCAAAUCA